GCUGCAGUCUGAUCUCUGCCUCGGCUGCUGCUUAGGAGCUGGGAGCUCUCGUCGCACCGGCUUGAAAGCCAGGAGCCCCUCGCUUCCCUCCCACGGCUGCGCUCCCGCUGCUUGAGAGCCUCCCGGGGCAGCGGUCAGCCCUGCUGGCAGCCCCGUGCCUUCGUGGUCUUACACUGAGGGUCUGUGUAGGAGAUGCUGUGUCUCUUCUAGACCUGAAAACAACGAAGUCUCAAGUGUUUAAUGGGAGCUGUGUUCCAGCUGUGCUCUGAGUAUCAGUGCAGGACACAAAGGAAAGAAACAAAUCGCUGGUAAUGGGCACAGAGGCUGCAGAGAAGGCAAUGAAGGCAGCAGGUGCCGUGAAGGCGUUAGAUCUGCGCUGGUUGAAACCUAAUAGCAUUGAGACAGAAAGAAUCCUAUCUGUCUUGGAUGAGACGAUUGCCAAGCUGGAGCUGAGCUCCUUGAUCCCACGUAUUAUCGGCUCUCUGGACAGGUUUGCUGAUCUGCUGGGACCUGAGAUCACAACCAACCUGAUGGAGUACCAGAAGCUUUCAAAGCAAAUGGAGCAGCUGCUUGCCGCUGCUGAAGAAGAGGACACCACCAAUCUCCACUUGCUGGGACAACAUCUGAAAUGUUGUGUUAGAAAUAUCCUGAGACUCUUGUUGGCCAUCCCUUCACUUUGUAAGGCUCUGAAACACGAAGUUUGGGCACGAGAGCCGGGAACUGAAGCAUUUCUCAAAGCCUUCGGGGAGUUCAGGAAUUUUAUGCUUGAGCGACUCCUGACGAGUCCUACAGAAGAGGAAGAAACGGUUCGGCUCAUGGAAGACAUCUCCCUCCGCAUCAACAGAAACACUGAAACAAUCACAGCUCUGCAGGCAGAACUGGCAGCAGCAAUCAGGACCCGCGAUGAGGAGAUUCAGAACAAAGACAAUAUGAUCAAAGAUCUCAAAAACAGCAUGGAAGUUCUAGAAGAAUGCUGCAAGAACAACAUCCUGCAGGUCAAGUGGGAAGGCGAAAAACAGCAAAAAGAAGAGCUGCAAGCUUCCCAGGCCAGGUGUGCCAGGCUACAGCAGGACAUUCAGCAGCUAGAAACACAGCUCAAUAAGCAGGUGCUGGAGCAUCGAGCAUCAGAGUCGGCUCUCAGAAAGAGAAAAUGCAGAGUGGAGACGGAAAUUCUGAACUGGAUCCAGGCAUAUGACACAGACAUGGCAGAAAAGCAGGCUGAGUUUGAGGAGGUUCAUGCUGCCUACAACAAGGAGAAGGCCGAGCUGUCCCUGCUGAUGGAGAAACAUGCCGUGCUUCUCCAGGAGUAUUCCCAGAUUGAGGAGGAGCGCAGGGUAAAUGAGGAGAAGAAGAAGCAGGCUUUGGAGAAAUUGGCUGUCAUGACCCUCGCUGCCACCCGCAUCCAGGCCUUCUGGAGAGGCUACUUGAUCCGGUCUACCUUCAAGCCGAAAAAAAAGAAGAAGGGCAAGGGCAAAGGCAAGGGCAAAGGCAAGAAGGAAAAGAAAUAAUCACAACAUCUAUUUCCUCUCCUGUCAAAGUAGCUGACUUCUUUGAGACAGAGCACUUCCAGAUAAAAGCAUUAGGGUUGAAAUAGCAUUUGCAGUAAGGCCCAAACGGUCCAGGGCUGGAGCUGCCUCAUGUACUUUGAGUAUAACAAAGUUUUGGCAUGGAGACACGUCGCACUGUUUCAGGUUUAGCUUUGCUAGCUCUGAAAGAUGGAGGAGGUCUUGUGGUGAAGGGACUGGGCUAGGUGUACCAAACAGUGGCUUCUCUCCAAUUCUGUUGUUACUGAAGGUGGGAAUAAAAUCAUUCCUGGGAGUGGGAUGAA